AUGGAAUGGGAUUUCGAUUACAAGUCAGAACCAAAGGACACAAGUAACCAUAGAGUUAAGAGAGGUUACAAAUCAGAUUCUACAGUAUACAUAGACGCAAUAGGUCAACCCAGAGGUAUACCAAAUCAAUUUAAGGCCCGAGAUGAAGUUAAAGCAGGUUUUGAGUUAAUAUUCAUUUGGAUUUCACAAAAUAAAAAUACAGAAAAAGUCCUCUGGCUUUACCUAGCCGACGCCUAUGGAUCAAUUCCACACAAGCUGGUGACAACAGCUCUGUCGAUACACCAUAUUCCUGAGAAGAUUACAGAACUCAUAAGGGACUACUACAGUAGUUUCAGCCUGAGAUUCACCUCUGGAACAGUAACAUCUGCGGGGCACCGCUUAGAGAAGGGCAUUAUCACCGGCUGCACCAUAUCAGUGGUAUUAUUUUCCCUAGCGAUGAGCAUGUUGGUCAAGGCUGCUGAGGUGGAAUGCAGGGGCCCCCUGUCCAGAUCCGGCAUUCGCCAACCACCAAUUCGAGCCUACAUGGAUGAUCUGACGGUCACAUCAACAUCAGUGGCAGGGUGCAGGUGGCUCCUCCGCGGUCUGGAAAGGAUUACGGCAUGGGCAAGAAUGAUGUUCAAGCCAGCCAAGUCCAGAUCCUUGGUCCUGAGGAAGGGGAGAGUGGAGGACAAACACCGCUUUCACGUGGAUGGAGUCAUUAUUCCAACAGUGUCAGAGAAGCCCGUGAAGAGCUUAGGGAAGAUCUUUGACAGCACCCUGAAGGACAAGGUAGCGGUAGAGGCAGCCCACAGGGAGCUGAAGUCUUGGCUAUCAGCGGUGGACAAGUCCGGCCUUCCAGGGAAGUUCAAGGCAUGGAUAUACCAGCAUGGUAUCCUGCCACGUCUCCUGUGGCCACUUCUGAUUUAUGAAGUCCCAGUUUCACUUGUGGAGGGCUUUGAACGUAACAUCAGCCAAUACCUGCGUAGAUGGCUGGGUCUGCCGAAGAGCCUGAGCAGCAUUGCUCUGUAUGGGCACAACAACAGGUUGCAGCUGCCUUUCACUGGCCUGACCGAGGAGUUUAAAGUCACAAGAGCCAGGGAGGUGUUGCUGUACAGAGACUCUGCUGACAACAGAGUCGCUACCGCUGGCAUCACAGUCAGAACCGGGAGGAAAUGGCGAGCGCAAGAAGCAGUCGACCAGGCAGAGGCGAGACUGAGACAUAGCGUCUUAGUAGGCUCUGUGGCAGUGGGAAGAGCUGGUCUAGGUAGUCACACAAGACCACGGUACGACAAAGCCCAAGGAACAGAGAGACGCCAGAUGGUGCAGAGAGAGAUUCGUGCUGAGGUGGAGGAGGAGCGCCAAAGUAAGACUGUGGCAAUGCGCCAACAAGGGGCCUGGGUCAAUUGGGAUCAUGCGGCUGUCAGGAGGAUCACCUGGACAGAACUAUGGAAGUCUGAACCCGCAAGACUUAAGUUCCUGAUUCAGUCGGUGUAUGAUGUCCUCCCAAGUCCAUCUAACCUACAUACCUGGGGCCUAGCAGAAACACCAGCAUGCCCCCUGUGCCCGGCUCUUGGUUCCUUGGAGCACAUCCUGAGUUGCUGCCCUAAAGCACUAGGAGAGGGGAGGUACACGUGGCGCCAUAACCAGGUGCUAAAGGUAGUAGCGGACACCAUUUUCACCGCAAUCCAGGAGUCUAAACACCUAGUCCCAGUGAAGCACAACAUCUCCUUUGUUAGGGCAGGGGAGAAACCUCAGGGAGUACGUAAGGCCUCAACUGGACUGCUAGCCACGGCCCGAGAUUGGAAGCUGCAUGCUGACCUUGGGAGGCAGUUAAAGUUUCCAGAGCACAUAGCAAGGACGUCACAGAGGCCAGACCUGGUCUUAACAUCAGACUCAACAAAGCAAGUUGUGCUAAUGGAGCUUACUGUCCCCUGGGAGGAUAGGAUGGAGGAGGCUUUCGAAAGGAAGAAGGCCAAAUAUCUGGAGUUGGUUCAAGCAUGCAGAGAGAGUGGAUGGAGGGCCCGCUGUGAGCCAAUUGAAGUGGGCUGCAGGGGCUUUCUAAGUCAAUCUGUGCAUCGGGCUUUCAGGCUCCUUGGCAUUAGAGGGUUGCAUGAAAGAAGAGCCACUAAAAACAUCAGUGAGGCUGCCGAAAAAGCCUCAAGGUGGUUGUGGAUCAAAAGGGGAGAAGUAUGGAGUAGCACGCUGCUUGGACACAAACCGGGGCCUGAUCAACCCUGGUUGGGUCGCCCAGGUGAGGGUGUAUGAAGAUCAAAGACCCGAAACACCCUACGACCCUG